UCCCCGAGAGCAUUACUUAAAACUGCAAUCUACAAUGCGUUAGAUAUGCCAUACUGUGUGAUACAGGUAGAUGUUGACUGACGGUGGCGCAACCUUAUAGUGUACAUAAUGGAGUGAAAAUCUAUCGAAGAAUGAGCAGUGUCCCUCCCAACGCGCGCACAGAGAAAAAAAUGGACCCAGUUAACCGUUUGCACAGGAUGGAUCAGGUGUAAGGAGUCUCUUGAAUUUUGAAUGGUGGGUCUUAGAGUGGAAUAUCAGACAACGAUGAACCAAGCCUUCUUCAUCAGUCUCCUUUUCAUCAGCACGGGGGCCUCCCACGGCUUGGCCUCUACAACGCAAGGUUUCCAGACUCAUACUCUGCCACGUCUGACCGGGUGCUUCUCACGUGAGUUAAUGACUUUCCGAUGCCGCUGGGAUGCUGGAACAUUCCAAAAUUACACAAGACCAGGGGAGCUACAGCUGUUCUACAUGCUAACCAAGGAUUCCAUAUGGCAUGAAUGCCCAAGCUACAAUGCUAAUGGAGAAAACGAGUGCUAUUUCGACCAAAGUCAUACAAUUAUUUGGUAUUCUUAUGGCAUCCAACUUCGCUCAAGAUCCCACAACAUAACUCAUGACGAACUUUACUUUAAUGUGGAAAACAUUGUCUACCCAGACCCUCCUGUGGGGCUGAACUGGACUUUACUGACUGUUGGCCAGACUGGGUUGCUUUUUGAUGUUAUGGUGAGCUGGAAUCCCCCAGUGUCUGCUGCAGACAAUGUGAAGAUGGGCUGGAUGUCACUUGUAUAUGAGACUGAAUACAGGGAGAAGAACGGAGUCAAAUGGAACUCAAUCGACAGCGGGAGAAGUACCAAGGCGUACAUUUACGCCCUUCACUCAAACACGGAAUAUGAGAUCAGAGUCAGAUGUGGAAUGGACGGCUUCAACUUCGGCAACUUCAGCGACUCCAUCUUCAUCAAGAUCCCUUCCAAAGAGUCCAGUAUUCCUUUUGCUGCCGUGUUAAGCAUUGCUGUGAUUGGUAUUGCACUCAUCGUAAUGCUGAUCGUUGUUUCAAGGCAGCAGAAACUGUAUGUGGUUUUCCUGCCUCCUGUUCCUGGCCCCAAAAUCAAGGGAAUUGACCCAGAGUGCCUACAGAAGGGCAAGUUGACUGAACUGACUUCCAUUCUGGCAACCCACCCCGACCUGCGUCCUGAGCUAUACGGUAGCGAUCCUUGGGUGGAAUUUAUCGAGGUGGAUAUCGAGGAGCCAAACGAGGGAAUUGAGGACUUUCACGAACACCUCCUUGUGGCCGACUCCCCUACGUCCGGCACCUCUCACAUCUCCAGCGGUUUCCGUGACGAUGACUCCGGGAGAGCCAGCUGCUGUGAUCCGGAUCUUCACGACCCUUACCAGACAGACCUGCCUCACAGCACGGUCGCCGGCAGCAACUGUUUUGAGACUUCUGCUCCUGCUUCCUCAGAGACAACCAUGCAGCCUGCAGUUCCCGCUGUUCAGGAAACUCCCUGGGCGAGCAGGGGUCUCUAUUCCCAAGUAAACGAUGUUACUAUUUCGGGCGAGAUUGUCCUGUCAUCGGAUGAGCAAAGCAAGGGUGACGAAGCCAUCGGUAAAGAUCAAGCCCUGAGGAAUAAGGACAACAUUAAAGCAAAAGCACAACAGCUGUCGGUAGUAACCGCCGACGGAGGAGACUACACCUCAGAGUUCGAUAUCAGUAAGAUCAACACCCAGCAUGCUUCAGAGUGUUCCAGUGAAGCUAAUGUAAGGGAAUGUGAUCAGCCACAUGAGGGGUACCACAACACUCUCUCGGAAACCAGUGUACUGCCUAGCCAUUCAGGAUUACAGUCACAUGCGAUGCCUCCCAGUCCUGAAUAUACUAUGGUGGAUGGAGUUGACUAUCAAAACAGCCUACUUCUAAAACCAAAUACUCCGGUGGCAACCCGUCCUAGCUCGGUCAAGACAUUGCCCAUUCCCCAGGGAUACUUGACUCCUGAUUUAUUGGAGAGCGUUGCUCCCUAACUGCGUAACAGUGUUGAGGUCAGAGGUCUAGUAGUGUAGGAGGAUAUGGGGACAAGAAUGUGUUUGCUCUCUGAGAAGACAUUUGACACUGUUAGCCAACAGUGCAACAGGAGAUGUGUGCCAGAAGCACAGGCCAAAGACAUACAAACUAGGCCUUUUCAGUCCUUAUGGGGUGUCCCUGAUUACAGAGACCUGUCAUUCAACUAAUGUGCUAGUGUAUGACUAUUAAAAAAGGCAUGAAAAAAGGCAAACCACAAAAUACAACUUGUGCUUAAUGUAUAUAUUUCAAAGUAUUUUUGAAGAAUGCAAUAUGUCAAUAAAUAGUUAUACACACUGUUAAUAAUUCAUGUACCUUGUUCUCACACUUCAGAUUAGGCAGCUGUCCCUGAUUUGAACUAAAUAUCAUAUUGCUGUAGUGAACAACACUGUUUACAAAAGAAGAUUGCUUUUGUCCUUACUAUUUGUCUCUUAGUUUGUUUUUGUUUUUCACUCUAUUGUAUUACAGUGUAACAUCUGUAUUGGUCUAACAUCUGACCUCAUUAUCAGUACAUGAAUCUUUACUGUGAAUAACUCCAUGUACAUUUUUUCCUUCGAUACUAAGCUGUUACCAAGAUAUUUUCUAGACAGUUGACAGUAAGGUAAUUAACCUGCAUUCUAAACAGUGUGUUUGAACGUGCUCCUGUUGUAUUAUGAAUGGAUAUCAGCGGUAAUAAAGUGUGAACAAUGAAUAUUAA